GUUAACUCCAGGCCUGGCCACGAGACCGGCGGGAGAAGCGCGCGGCGCAACAGCGCGAGGAGGCCUUGCACUCGUCACGGCUCGCCCGCCCCGCGUAGAUGCGGCGGGAACAGUCGCAGAGGACGCUCGCCCGCUACCACCACGGCAUUCCCUUUCGCUCUCCUCCAUUGGUGACGCGGCACGCGACGACAUCGACGACGUCUCCCUGAGUACACCGGACUACAACCGGUCUGACAGCAGAACUUACCCGUCGCUCGUAGACGGCACGUGGGGAGUCGGCCGGCAUCUUGCUCCAAGGACUUCGCCAGGUUACGUGCUGCCAGGUAGGGACUCGGAAUUCGGCAGGUCCGGGUUCGAGAGUACUCCCUCCUCGCUGAACGGCGCCCGAGCAGCGCGAUGGGACUCUCCAAGAAGCCCGCACUGCGCCACCGCCAGAUGCACGGCCUCCUUAUCGUGGCCGCAGUCUUCUGGAUCAACCUGUUCGUUCUGGGCUUCUUCCGCGCCGGAGGCGUCCUCUACGUUGCCAUGGUGCGAACAUUCGAGUGCAGCUACGAGAAGGCUUCCUGGCCCUUCAGUCUCGCAGGGGCUACCCUCUGCAUGACCGGACCCUUCGCAAGUGCUUUGAGCAGACUGCUCUCGAUUCGAUUGAUUGUCACGAUUGGAGCGCUGAUCACUUCCGUCGCCAUCAGCUGCUGUUUUUUUGCCGACGAGAUCGUCACGGUUGUUAUCCUCCUAGGCAUAGUCUAUGGCAUCGGGACCGGGCUUAUCUGCAAUCUGACGCCUCUCCUGCUGACCCAGUGCUUCGAGAAGCACCGUGCCAUCGCAUGCGGAGUGGCCUAUUCCGGUUCCACUAUUGGUUCCUUCUUCUGGCCGGCCCUUCUGGAGUACCUCAUCCAUCAAUACGGACUUCGGGGCUCUCUGCUUAUCUACGGCGCCAUAAUCUUACACGGGGUCCUGGGAGCCAUCCUUCUGCGACCCUUCGCCAAAGUUCCCCAGGCAGAAGCAGACGCACCAAAAUUUUCCCAAAAAGGUGACACAGACGUCUUGGAGCCUCUUCAAAAGUGCCAGAGCGUCGACUUCCAGCCCAUGCACAAUGGUAGCUCAAAUCUCCCCACGCAGUUCACCGGUAGACGGAUUUCUUCUCACGCAUCUCUCGCGUCUGCUACAGAAGAGACCGACAACAUAUCUACUUGUGCAAUAUCUGUGUCGAACAUGUGCAUGGUGCUGUCCGAUGGUGAUCGCCGGUUCAGCAGAGAUGAGCAGACAGGACCCGUUCUCAAAAAGAAGUGCACGUCCGUGAGCAGCUGCGACAAACUGAGGGGAUCCAGCGGUUUUCUGCAUUCUAGACGGAGCUCAGCAGAGACUGCAGUGCACGAAGGCUCCGUAGCUGCUGCCCAGGAAAAAGAAGUGCCAGAGAACGACAACGGAGCCGUUUCGUGGUGUUCCACCGUCAUACGUGUUGUGCAGCGGGACCUUCAGUUGCUGCGUAACCAAUACUUUAUUUUCGUGACUAUUUCGGCGGUAGGGUUUUUCUUCGUGUUUACUACAUUCAUAAUCAUCAUUCCGGACUACGCCACAGACCAGGGCCUGACGCCCAGUGAUGGUGUGUUUUUGUUGUCCGUGUACGGAAUCUCGGACCUUCUUAGCAAGCCCAUUCCUGGCCUCUUGGCUUACAAUAACCUCUUGAGCAACAAGGGGAUCUUCAUAUCCGGCGGCUUCAUCACGGGACUAAUCAUGAUGGUCAUGCCGUUUAUGCACAGCUAUUGGUCUUUCGUUGUGAUGACCUUAUUAUUUGGCCUCAUGACCGGAGGACUCAUUUUCAUGUCUCCCGUCCUACUCACCGAGUUUCUGGGACCCCAGCUGGCGGUAAUGGCCUUCGGUUUAUCCAACCUCUUCAUCGGGCUAGCCUCACUUAUGAGACCCUUCAUCAUAGGAUACUUCAAGGACAACUGGAACAGCUACAACGGCUUGUUUUACACCAUGGCCGGCGCGUGCAUCUUUUCCUCUCUCAUUUGGUUCGUGGAUCCCAUCUUAACCAAAAUGCAAACACGGAGAGAUAAAAAAGCCGACUGCGAGAAGCCUCAAGCCGUGUGAUCGGGUGGUCGUCGACUCAUCGCCAACUCGUGACGCCAAGAGAAGAAAAGUGGAGACACGGAGAUGAAGUGUUUCAAAACAGACUUCUGCAAUGCUUGGUCGAGCAUUCACAUUCUCAUUUUCGCAAUGUUGUGAUAUCUGCGAGCGAUUCGUCAACCUAGACCAUGACACUGUAGACACAGGCGAUCUGUUGAAUGUUCAACACUGGAGGAAAAAAAAAUGAAGACCCGAGUUUUUCACA